CGUCCACACUUUGUUUCCAUUCCGCGCCUCUCGCCUUGGCCAAGACGCACCAUCACACACACGCAGCCUCGGGCUACCUGUGCGCACUGCGGCCGGCCCCUUCCUCCUGUCAGUGACACAUGCAAAGCAAGACGCAAACUAAACGCGGUGCCGACUGAAGAGAGAGGGGACGCAGAGACAGAGGGGGGAAAGAGACAACUUGGCUGUUUGCAAGCCCAGGCGGUCUGAACUGAACCCGAAGUUUCUUGGCUCAUCGGAGAAGGAAUAAUUCGCAGCCCGGUCGCCCCACACAGCGCUGUUGUGGAUAUUUACGUCCACCUUGUCUCCUGUUAAGAAGAAUGGCGAGAGAUUACGCAGCACGCUGCCCGGUCUCUCCGGUGAGAAACACUUGGCUGGUGGCGGCAGCGAUCCUCCUCGUUGCUCAAGGUAUCGGGGCUCAGAAAGUGCGAGUCGAGGAAGAGCUGGAGGCGUAUCCCGACAAGUCUGUUGAUCUCACCUGCGAAUUCGUCGAUGGAGGUGGCCGAACCAAACUCACACAGGUGUCUUGGAUAUGGGAGCCCAUUGAUGGUCAGAGGGACAACAUUGCUGUAUUCCACCCAAUCUAUGGACAGAGUUUCCCCAACUUGUCCUUCAAAGACAGAGUCGUCUUCCUCUACAGGACUCUGGAGAACCCGUCCAUUAGAAUUUCUAACCUAAAAAUGUCCGACGCUGGCCGAUAUACCUGCGAGUACGCCACCUACCCUUCUGGAAACGAACAAGGGACCACCACCCUCAUCAUGCUUGCUAAGCCCAAGAACUCAGCCAACGUUGUGACCGUCCAGGCUGGGCCCAAUUCAGUGGUGGUGGCGCAGUGCGAGGCGGCCGAAGGCAAACCAGCAGCUACCAUCAAGUGGUUGGCGUCGGUUGGAGGCAACCACUCAACCAGCACCACAAAUGGGCCGGACGGCACGGUGACAGUGCGCAGCGAGUAUCGACUGGUUCCCACGCCGGCAGAUAAUGGCAGGGAGGUGACCUGCAUGGUCGACCAAAGGACACAGGAACGUCCGUGGGUUUCUCAAGUCAAGCUCUCGGUGGAAUACCCUCCCUCUGUAUCCAUAGAAGGCUACGACAACAACUGGUACGUUGGCCGUUCAGACGCCGUGCUGCUCUGCCUCGCCACCGGCAACCCCACACCCACUACCGUCACCUGGACCACGGCGUCCGGUGCGCUGCCAGACACGGUGGUGGUGAGCGGCAACAAGCUGACAGUGAGGAAGGUGGACGACGCCGUCAACACCACUUUCACCUGUGAGGUCAAGAACAAGCACGGGGCCAGCAGUCACCAGAUCACCACCUUCGUCAUCGAAGCCCUGGAGGAUCCGUCCAGUGCCGGCGUCGUGGCGGGCGCCGUCAUCGGCUCCCUCCUGGCCCUACUAUUGGUUGUCGCGCUAGUUGCCGUUCUUCUGACCCGGAGUCGCCGGCAGCAGAGGCGCGGUUACCCCAGCAGCGGGGACUCCAUCGCAACCGGCAGUGGUGGCAGCAACGGCGGAGACUAUGGGAACAAAGCUCGCCUGCUCUUCAGUGGCACCGGGAACAGCAGCAAUAAGAACGGGACGGGCGCCAACAACAACGGGCCCAUCUACACGUAUCGUGAGGGCUGCGACGCCACAGGGACUCUAACGGAAAAGGCCAACGACUACCACCAUCAUCACCUCCACCACGCUUCAAUUGGCAACCCCCCGUCCGCCCACGACAUCCUCCUUAGUGGUGACGAAGCUGAGAGGAGGAAGUUUGACCUGGAUGACAGCAUGGAGGAAGAAUACGACCGGUUUGGAGGCGGGAACAUGAUUCCUCCGGCCUAUCACGUCCACAGAGCUCACGGCGGCGAAGAAGAAAUGGACGUGUACCUCGAUGACGACAUGGAGUCUCAGAGAGACGGCUCAGUCAUUUCCCGGACUGCCAUUUAUGUCUGAGGGCGCAGGAGAGGAGAGAAAAGGUGAGGUCUGAAACUAGUGGAAGGAGAUGCGGGGGAGGAAGAGGGGGAGUUCAAGCCAGCCUUCUUCGCUUUCGCCUCCAUCAACUGCUUCACAUUCAACCCGAUCAAAGAGACGCCAUCAAUUACAUCCUCUCUGCUUGACACCGGAGGAUGAAAAGAAAAAUGAUUUAUAAAAAAAAAAAGGAAAAUGAAGGUUUUGACGAAGGAAACCUUGUGAUGGCAGUAAAGUGGACUGUGGCUGAAUAUGUGACUGUGUUUAAGCGUGGAGACAGAUUUCAUUCAGUGCCAGCCGAAUAUAACAAAAAAGAAAAAAUACUGCAAACGAAAACCACAGCAACUCUGACGCAACGCUGCUUCUUGCUACGUUCUUGUUUCUUCAGCUUUGCUAGUGUGUGAUUGUGUUGAGUGACUACGUUGUAUUUUUACUAGAAAACAUAAUCUGCAAAGCCGGGAGCACCAUAACCACCACUCAAAACUCGCCUUCCUGUUUCAACGUAAAGAAAAACAUCAUCGGCGUAAAACUUUACAAACGGCUUCUGUGGAUGUUGCCGCUGUUGCUGCACACUCUUUGGACAGACUCUGCUCGAAUUUUAAACUUGAAAACUCGUCGCCUUGGCAUCAGUUAUGGAGUUUCUGUACAUCGGACUUUUUUUUUGGCGGGGUGUUACAGUGACUCGCCCCACCCUGUGACACCAACUGGUUUCCAGAGCGAGGGGCCACUAAACUGAGUAACAUAACAGACUUAACAGUGCGUGCUAAUGUGUGGCUGGCUGUGGUGUUAAUGAUGUGCAUCAUCUAUAUAUUGGGCGCCGUCUCACUAUAGCACAGUUGUUGUUAUUGUUCUUGUUGUAGCUGUUGUUGUUGUUGUUGUUACUGUUGUGUAAUGGUGUUGAUCUCGCUAAGGAAACGACGCACCGGGAGCCUUGGGGGGUUUCACACAGUACCACAUUGGGUCGGUAAUGACUCAUUUAAUGGGUAAAAAAAAAUAAAAAGAUGUGCUUUUCUUUGUUUGCAGCUGUAUUUUCCCCCUUUUUC